GCUGAAAUGGCUACGCUUUUAUCCGUUCAACUGAUGUUGAUGUUGCACGUACUUUACACCCACCAAUUGGAUAAGUGCGCGGAUAUUGACGAAGUUUGCUCACGUUUCUACGAUGACAAAAUGCCUUGUUGUUGGCCCUAUCGAUGUCAACAAGUCGACGAAAACCGUGGAGUUUGUGUGAGGUGUAUCAAAUCCAAGGAAUUUUGUGUGGACGACAGCGAGUGCUGUACCAAGAGAUGUGGUGAAUAUCUGUGUGCUUGAGACCUGAGUUGUACACAGAAAUGAG